AUGAGGGACUUGCCACAUCCCAAUUCCAGAGAUCUUCUUUCUUCCUUUCACCAUGCUGACAGCCCAUCAGUACUGUUGGUUGGCCCAUUUCAGAGAACUGCCACAUUCACACCACACAUUUAAACCACUAUGAUGCUACUUUAGACAAUUUACAGUUCCCUGCAAAUAGAUUGUCAAGUCACUCUGAAAUUGUAGCUCUGUGAGGAGAAUACAGGUCCCCUAACAACUCUUAGCACCCUUAACAAACUACAGCUCCCAGAAUUCUAUGGGGAAAGCCGUGAUUGUUUAAAGUGGUAUCACUAUACUUUAAAUGUACAGUGGUACCUCAGGUUACAGACGCUUCAAGUUACAGACGCUUCAGGUUACAGACUCCGCUAACCCAGAAAUAGUACCUCGGGUUAAGAACUUUGCUUCAGGAUGAGAACAGAAAUCGUGCGGCGGCAGCAGUGGGAGGCCCCAUUAGCUAAAGUGGUACCUCAGGUUAAAAACAAUUUUAGGUUAAGAACGGACCUCCAGAACGUAUUAAGUUCUUAACCCGAGGUACCACUGUACAGUGUGAAUGUGGCCUAAUUCUAUCCUUCAUCUAUCAGUGCCAUCUCUGGGCAUGAUGUAUUCUCCUCCUUCCUGCUCUUACCACUCCCCAUUUGCUUACCCUCUUUCUCUGGACCGAAUCCAUACUAUCAGUUAGAGGGAAAGGGAAAGAUAAGUAAGUGGAAGCUGAUGCUGUUUGUCCUUGCUCCUGUCACUGCUCUCUUCCUUAGCCUGGUAAAAUCAGAGUGACAGAAAGGACAAUCAUCAGGGCCAGGAACAAGGGGAAAGAAAUCCACAAGGACCCAAAAGAGGACAUAAAGAAGGGUCCAAACAGGCACAAAAUGAAUGAAUAAUUGGUGAUGGAGUCAGGAGGAUGACAUGCAAAUCCAUUGAAUGGGAUAAUAUAUGUGUGUGACGCUACUUUUUUGUCCUGAAUGUUUUGCCUUUGAAAUUAUUCAACUUUCCCUGACGAAAGAUGAACCUUGAGUUUGAUGAGUUCAUCAGUGCAUUAGGAUAUAAUAUAUGGCAGUGCAGCACCAGGAAAGGACCCAUGCCUCAUGGGGAAAGCAGUGACUAUGGAAUAACAAAACAGGAGGCUUCAGAGGGCAGGAACAAUCAAUUAAAACCACAUGACCUUCCCCAGGAAAGGUCAUCCAGACUGGGAUAUGCAACACUGAUGUUUAUUGCUGGCUUUUUCCUGGAAAGUUAAAGGACAAAAUAGAUAUUGCUUAAGAAUCAUAUCCCCCAUCUGGUUCUGCUUUGCCUUGUUUAUCCCUUCAAUUUGUGAACUUUUGCACAAGAGACAGAAUAUUUACCUCACAAAGGACCUGCCCCAUAAAGCAGCCUGGACUGCCUGCAGUCCAGUCUUUGAGAUACAUCUUGCAUCAGACCAGAUUUAAUUUUCUCCCAUUGUGAAGUUUUCAUUGAGGAUAUCAUUUUAUAGAAUGUAAAUAAUGACAAACAGAAGUUUAAAAAGCACAGUGAGGAACAACACAAAGGUGAGUCAUUAUUAUUUUGAAAUAUUCAUAGUAGAAGUGUCUGCAAGUUGCAAAAUAAUGCUCAUUGCAUAAAUCAUUUAAAUGCUUUUAACAUAGCUGGGGUUUCAUAGAUUCAUGACAUUACACUACAAGUUUAAGCUUGCUUCACACACAUUGACUUCAUAGGUGCUAACCAAUGCCCCCCCCCCGACCUCUCUGAACUCACUCAACUCAGGGGAAGAGCUAAGGUAAAAUUCGACCAAAAGAGAUCCAAAAUAUACACAUUUUUACAAGCAAUUUUCUUCAAAAUAAUGCAUUUUUGUCCUCACUGGUAGGAGGGUGUGCACACUUGGGCACCACUUCAGGCAGUAAAAUGUCUUGGGCCAGCAGUAGUCAAAAACCCUGACCAGCACUAGCUGUAGAUUUUUAGAUCACUUUCAUGAUGAAAAAAUAGAAUUGUGGUUCUAAAAUAGCUGCCUUUUUAGUGCUGAGUCCUAAACCCACUCACACACAUGCUCUGGGAUGAUUAAUAUUUUUGUGGUUUUUGAUUAGUUAAGGUCCCUUGUUCAUAAUUUCAAAGGCAGUCUUGAUUUAUCAGGUUUCCUAGCACUAUAACACCAGGGGCCCAUUUCCCUCUGAAAUGGCACAAUGAUUUUUUUGCAAUACAUAAUGUACUGGGAUUAUCCUAUAUCCUACAAGAUGUGGGUGAGAGAGAAAUGAAGCCAAUUGUCAAGGUUUACAGUCUCCAUUUUUCUUCUCAACAGUCAUACAGUCUCUCUCUUGGUAUACUGUUAGUAUUAGUGAUGUCCCUUUGAUCUUGUGCAUUUGAUGCUCAUUUUUCUGAGCUAUACUACUCCAGAAAGAAGCUGUAGUGUUGGCACUCUAUCAUUUCUUUAUAUAAGUUGUUGCCUGAUUUAAUUUAACACGUGCUUCCUGGUCAUAUUCUAUUUGCAGUUACAAAAGGAAACACAAAGACAACUCCUUAUCCAACAUGGCUAAAAGUUCAUGCACAUCAAAAUAGAUCCUAUAAAACUACAUACAGUUGUGAGGAAAACACCAGAACAGACUUCCUAGAGGUCGGGCACUACCAGCUUUGAUACAGCUUUUACAUAAAAGGCUUUGUGCUCAUAGUUCUAUCAGGCUAUAAGAUGCAAUCCAGACCAGUUCUCAUAAGUAUUAAGCAUGUCAGGACAUAUGUUGGCACGCUCCAGUAUGUGUUAAGCUUAUACCAGAGACCUCCCAUAACCUGUUUGGCAGUAAUCCUAUGAGAUGGCUAUCAGGCACUUCACUUUUUAUGUAUAGUUAUGCAUAUCCAUCUGAGAAAAAACCUUUUCAAAUGGACAUCUUUCUAACUUUCUGAACAAAAAAUGCCACCUGCGUUUUGCUAGCAGCUUUCCUGGAGAUGUGACUCUCUUAGCACUAAGUAGCUACUUUAUAUUCAAUAUAUUUCACCUGGUUAUUUCCAUAGAUAUAAAGUCCCCAUGUCCCAUAUGUGCCUUGGUUAGGGAUAGAGUACUCUUGCCCAGUGGUGGUAGACUUCAGAUUUGUAGGAGCUGCUCUUAUUUUAUUUUAUUUUAUUUUACUAGCAGCCAAAGAUCCACCAACCAGAGCCUGGUACAAAAGGCAUACACUGAAUGAAAGAAUUCUGAAGCCAGGAAUUUAUUCUGAGUGCCCUUCCAUCCAGCAGUCCACUCCUGGUAUCCCAAGCUUUCUGCAUUUCAGCAAUAUGAUUUAGGGUGGUGAUAGGAGGGGAUCAUUUUGCAUAUCAAAAAUCCUUACCUAUCUACUGCAAAUCAUCAUGAGAUCUACCUUAGGCCCACUCCUCCUCUUGCUCAUACAUGAUCGCUCUAUGCUGUUCUAAAGCUGCUAGAUCCAUAAGACUGAAAGCUUGCAUCUCUCUCCAUAAGCAUAACUAUGGACUACAAUGAUAAAUCAUGCAUUGAUUUAUUCUCUCCUUUGUUUCUUGGAUUAGAAACAACAGACUCUUAAAUUCCCCCAAAACUGAAAUUUAACUAAAGAAGAGAGCUCAAUAUCCACUGGGAGACACAGUUGCCUUGUUCAGAAAAUCAAAAGACUGGGACAUGAGUCUUGGUUCAGAUGUAACACUAAAAGGAAUGAGCUGGGCUAGUCUUUGCACAUGACACCCCCUUCUCUCUCCUCCUCUGGCACAGCCAACCAGGAACUUUCACCUUUACAAUAAUCAGAAUUUCUCAUUAUGUCCACAUUGAUCCUGGCUUAUUUCAAUAAACCAUAGUUGAAACUUACCUCAGUUUGUCUUGUUGAAUGUAACAACAAACUAUGAUUAGUUGAACAUGAUAGCAGAUAGUUCUAACACGUAUACAAUUUACAUUAAAAACCCUUAAUGCCACAAAAUAAGUCACACAGAGAACAUUUCCUGCAUGUAAAAAAUUAGUGCCUAAGGGAGAAAGCUAAUUUAGAACCCUUCUCCCUGUCAUGCCUGCAUCACCCUGCAGCCUGAAGCAGUGCAGGACACACAAGGAUUAUAUAGGCAAUAGAAACACCAUAUGAUCAUGUCAAAUGAGUCAAAGAAAUCGCAAAGUAACUGCGGGGAAAACCAGUUAAAUUAAAAACAAAAACCAACACAUCAUUGAGUAGGAGCCUACAUUCUUCUGUGUAAAUGCUUAUAAUGCAUAUAAAUUACCAGCAUCCAGAGCAGGAUCUUGGCUUCCCCUGUGCAUUCGAUUCAGCAUUUUAGGCUCCAAACUGUCUUCUGGACAGUGAUUUAGAAUGGAAAAGCUUUUAUCUAAUUGUGAAACAGGAUUCUUGCCAGACACCUCUAAUGGAUGAGAUAUACAGCAGGGCCUGCUGCCUCGUCAUUGCUUUAUUUCCUCCUGUUUGGUGAAAUGGGGGAGGGGGACACUUCUCCAUUCAACCUCCCUGACUCUGCUUUUCACCAGGCAGCAAAUGACCCUCACUUAAUGGCCUUGGUGGUUUUCAAUUUGACAGGCAAUUGCUUACAGUGAGGAGUGCAUACAUGUGCACACUUUACUUGUUACUCAAAGCUUCAUGGUUCCUCUUCUGAAUGAGUCCCAGGAGUAAAACACUGGAUUAGAGCCCCGGCUGUAGUAACUGUAACCGGACAUCAAACACAGGCCUGUGGCUUUAUUGUCUGGAUAGGUAAGGAUUAACCUCAAUCUUUGUUCAGCCUGACACAAAGACAAUUCAGGGCAUUUUCACACAUAUGGCUUUACAACACUUCCUGCUUCAAUCCAUUUGCAAUGUAAACAACACAGGCAAUUUGUAGAAAAGCAGAGCCAACAGAUGGAUGUCACUGACAACCAGGAGGGGGGAAAAUUGGUUCUUCUCAUUGUCAUCAACAUAAUGAUGCUGCAUUUGUGCUUCUGGUUAAGUACUGUCCCUCUUUUCCAACUGGUAUUAAAAUGGGAAAGCACUUUAUUUCCUUCCUCAAAGACCACAUUAGAUCCUGUGUGCACUUCAAGUUUCCAAAUGGCUCUACCUGAAGACACAAAUCUCUGUGGUUGUUGUGCAGCUGUUGUGGCAAUAAGUCUUAUCCUCCCAGUUCCUCCUAUCAUUUUACUUUUCUGUUUCUUACGGAGAGUCACUCAAGGGUGCAGAAGAGUGGUGGACCCUUAUUCAUAAGGAUGAAAGGGAUCUUGGCAUACUUACUGAACUAGUUUGCUCUACACAGUAGAUCUAACUUAGUGGGACCGUGAGAAGAUUUGUUCUUCGCUCCAGCUUGUGGUGAGAGAGGUGAGAGCUUAAUCCACGAUUCCCUGUUCCACCAAGAUGCUAAGCCAAGCCUUGGUUUAGUUCAAGGAGCAUGACAGUAAAUAGGACCAGGGAGGAGCCAAGUGGCUGUGAGCUCAUCUCCAGCAGCCCACAUGUUCACACAGUUUUGCUAAACCAAAGUUUGGCCUACCAUGCCAUCUAAACCAACCUGUUGUCUGCAUAGCCUAAAAGGGAUAAGCAUAAUCUUUAGAAAAUUUACCAGCUGUAACCACCCUCAUGCCUUACUCCCUGCAAUUUUAAAAAAGGAGGAGUGAUGAAUGAUUAAAAAUGAAUAAUAAUGUAAAAUAUUGGAAAUAAAAAAACAUGCAUUUUUAAUACUCUCAUAACUAACAUAUAUUGAGAUCCGAGUGUGCCAAAGAGGCUCACAACACAUUUUACACUGGUAUUGCUUAAAAGGCAAACUUCAUGGGCAGUCAUUUGUGGCAAGCAGCUCCCAUGUGGUUAAAGCUGUUUUCAAAGUGUGCUCAAUCAGCGCUCAAUCAUACUUCUGGCGUUUGUAACCCCAAGGAAAACCCCCUGAAAAAGAUGAGAGUUGCUGGUUUGGUUCACAUCAGUCCAAACCACAUAGGAGUUGCUUCACAGAUGGAAAGCUCUGCCCUCUAAGCAACAACUCCGUUGCAGAGAAACAUAGGAAGCAAGCCAAAGAAAGCCAAUGAGGCCACGAGGACUUCCAGCAACCAUCUUUCAGCACCUUACCACUAGCUCUCUAGUCUCUCAGCAAGCCAGGCAAAUUAGGCUCUGUGGGUUUGAGGACACCAUCUAGCCUACCCCCCACCCCCACCCUGUCACAUUAAGAUUACCUCAUGCAAACUCUUCUCAUCAAGCAGCUAUAAAGACAGCCUCACCUAAACAUAACCUUGCAUCCGAACACCAGCCUGUUUUCAAGCAAUUGGUUUACCUCUGGGUCUGUGGAACCAGGUCUGCUUGAGACAGAAUCCUUCCCCCCACCCCCCACAACUGCAGGCUCUCAUGGAGCUUGGCCGUGACCUGACAAAAGAUGAAUCAGAUUCCGCUUCUCUUAGGUACACUGAUAACAAUGCCAUAGCCUAGCAAUCCACCCACUAGGUCUGAACAACCCACUUAGGAGCCCCAAACCAAGAUGUGUAAGUCAGGGACAUCUGGCACCCUGGAAUGACUUCACAUUGUGGAUCUGUUGCAUGCUUGUGUUGAUUCUAUGUUUGCAUAGAUUCUCCUCUGCAAGGAAUAAAAGGGCAGCUGCUGCCUCCAGGGAAAUAGCUGAGUUUGGAGUCUUUAUGUUAUGGAAGAAAUCAUGUUCAUCGUGCAGCUCUCCCCUUGUGUUUCUCAUUCUUGAAGGUCUGAAAACAGUUUCUCUCGAACUGAGUUGCUUUUAGUGGCAUAUCUUCCAUGCUCCCUUCAAGAACAUAACAAUAGUUUGCUUUGUAAAUUACUGAGGGAGGAAAACAAUACAGCCCAAAGAUUUUAUAGAGAUGGGAAGACAAUUAUACCUUUUAUGCUGGUUGGCCUGCGAAAACAGGAGAUGGAAGGUGUAAAGAAAAACAACUAAAAGCCCUGUCCACAAGUCUUUCACGUAUCUGCUGAGCUAAGGUCCAUAACUCAGGGGUUAGAGAAGCUGUUUUAAUUGCACAAGGUCUCAACUUCAAGAGAGACCUGAAAUCUCAGAAAGCCACUGCCAGUCAGUGGAGACAAUACUGAGCUCGAUGGACCAAUGGUCUGACUCAGUGCAUGACAGAUUCUUGUCCCUAUAACCUGAAGUAAGGAACCACAUCCAGAAAAAUGUCCAGUCACAACUCCUGACUAAGAGUUUGGCUGUGGUUGCCCAUUAACCACAAUGUAGGGAUGAUGUUUCCAUGACAUGAGCAAGGCAUCUGCUGUGCCCUGGACUGCUUUUCAGCCAUGUGGACAAUGCACAUAAUUUAUGUAUUUUGUUUCUUUUAUCAUAAUGCAAAAUCUAUCUGUUUCUGUGUCAGGUUUUUCCUUGCCAUUACACAAAAAGCUACUAUUAGAAACGCUCAACCAUUUCAUUUAUUUUUUUGCAACAUUUUCAGCACCACUAAGGGUGCAACCCUGAGCCCAGAUCCACUGAAUGGCUUAGGAUGUGGUGGAUCUUCAGCUCAGCUGGCUGGUUCCUGGUUCUGCUGAGCUACACUAGCGUAAGUCUCCAACCUUGGCUCAGCUGAAGACACACUGGCUUCAGUCCCUCAUCCAGGCUUAGUUGGCUCAGCCAAGGACAGUGGAUCUUAAACUGAUGCAAGCCCUGAAAAGGGGGCAUUCCGGGGCAGUAGUGAGGGUGGGAACGCUGGGAGGGGGAGGCUUACACUGGAUCCGAAGCCCAUUCAGCUUGUCAGGUGACCUGGCAGCCCAGCAUAAGUUCUGCCGGCAAAAGGAAAACCAACAGCGAGGGCCCAAUCCUCAGAAAUCAGGACCAGGCUUACCAGGCAGCUCCCCACACUCUGCUCAGAAAGAGCACUUGGGAUGCUGCAUCACUCCUGGCCAAUCUCACAGCUGCAGCAGGAUAUAAACUAUGGCUUAGUAUGAUGCCCCAACAGGGCCAGUGAAUUUCUAUUGUCUUAUAUCUAAGACAUUGAAAACCUGGGGGGGGGGGUUAAACUUGACCAGAAACAAAGACAUAUUCAAGGCAGGGAAGCUUAGAGAUGCAAGAUCCAAUUGUGGGAGUAAAAACUAAACAUGGAAUUGGAUUCUUAAGACGGGGGGAGCAGUAUUAAAAAUAUUUCAAGAUACUGCACAGAAAGGAGUACUUGUGUGGAGCUUAAAUAUAAGGAUCCCUUCUCUUGAAAAUAGGACUGUGAAUUAUCUGGAAAGGAGCAAGAUCCUAUCCUGCUAAUUUCCCCAUUUAGGGAGAACAGUGUCAUCCUGAAUUACCACAACGAUCACAAAUUAAUGUCAGCACAAAAAUCACUGCCAUGAAAACCUUACUUCAGCCAGCGUUGACCAACAUAGCUGCAAAGGCAGCCAGUAUAUGGCAAUCCCCAAUCAGACUCUUGCAGCCUGCUGGAAUUCCUCAAGCCGCUGGAAGAAAUGCUGCCCAACAGCUGGUUUCUAUCUUCCGUGCUUUGGCCCACGUCAUGUCUCCGAAAGAAUCUUUUGCAGUCUCAGUGAGAUAUAUACCAGCAACAUAUCAGCAAGAAUAACGGACUGAAAGCAAAACUGCAGAGCAAUCAGGCGCUCCAAUGAGCUGCUUGUAAAUCUACUAAAACGUGGCAUGUUUCCACAAUAAACACAGCGCAAUCGCUCUUGCUCUCUUCCCACUUCAUCUGUUGGGAGGCCAGCUCGGCUGUGAAUGUGCCAUCAUAAAACAAACCUGAAGCAGAUACUCCACCUAUUGGAGAAAAUCUCUUCCUGCAGUCCAGCAAUCUUUAAAGCAACUUUGGAUGUUGCCCUGACUUUCUGUAAAGUCAGCAAUUUUAAAUGUGGUACAAGCAUGUUAGACCUGAACCCUCAAACUGUGGUUUGCUCUAGAACUGUUUCUACAAUGCUAGUUUUCUUCCCAUGGGGACCUUGAGCCCCUUUGGGAGAAAAGCAGCCCAGACAAAGCAACAACCAACAACAACAACUCUCUUGGGAAUCAGAAGGGACCAUCCUCUCACUGUAGCCCAUCUACACAGGGCUUUAUAUGCCCCCCUUCCUUUAUAUUAUCUUGGCAGCAACUAUUGCACACCGCUCUGCUACUGUAAUAUCCUGAGGUUCAAUUGUUUUGCAGAAUUCUGCAAGAAUAAAAGCAGGGGAUCAGGAAUCAACUCUUCAUUCUCCUCCUAUGCCUUGCAAUGUUGACAUUGAGCAGUUCUGUGUAUGACUGGAUUUUUCAAGGAAAUUAGAGUAUCCCUUUCAAGGAAAUUAGAGUAUCUAAAAAUUGUGUGGAAACACUGGUAAGGUCCUUUAUCUAAUUAUGAAAAAACCCCAAAAUAAAAUAAACCAGUGUGUUUUAAGGGCAUAAGAUCAACAGUGCGAUCUUACGCACAUUGGUUUGUAAGUAUCACUGGAUAUAGAGGAACUUUCUUCCAAGUAAACACACGCAGGAUCAGGCUGUAGAAUAAAGGUUGUUUCCCCCCUUCCUUUUCCUUUUAAGGAGCUUUUAAAAUUAACAUGGAUCUGGGCAAGAGGGCUAGUGAAAUUUCACAUAGACUGGUAGCAUUAGUGGGCUUAUUCGCUAGGCUGGCUUUGCUAUAUUUAUCUAGAUGCAGUCAUAGCUACAUCCCACAAACUCUUACUCAGCCUAGCUUAGCUAGGCUAGAAAGUCAGUGUGAUGUGGUGGCCAGAGUGCUGCACUUAAGACCAGGGAAACCAGGAUUCCAAUGUCUGCUCCCUUAACGCUCACUGGUUAGCCUUGGGGCAGCCACUUUCUUAGGCUUACCAACUGAACAAGACUGGUGUGAGGAUGUAUGAUGUACGCCACCGUGAGCUCCUCGGAGGAAGGGCAGGACAAUCAUAAUUUUAAAAACUGUUACAUUUAACAAUUUGCUUUGCACACACUCCUGCCCCCUCCAAUAUAUUCAGAAGCUCUAAAAUGAGUUCUGAAAUAGCAGGGUGAUGUGGAACAAAAUAUUGCAGCAUAGAGUGCUUCUCUUCAUAGUUCCUGCCAGUGAUAACCUACAGAAGAGCUUUCCAAACAUUUCAUACUGGUGACACACUUUUAUAGACAUGUAUCAUUUUGCACUCCUGCCAACCUAGCAGUUCGAAAGCACGUCAAAGAGCAAGUAGAUAAAUAGGUACCACUCUGGAAGGAAGGUAAACGGCCUUUCUGUGCGCUGCUCUGGUUUGCCAGAAGCGGCUUAGUCAUGAUGGCCACAUGACCCGGAAGCUGUACACCGACUCCCUCAGGCAGUAAAGCGAGAUGAGCACCGCAACCCCAGAGUCGGCCACAACUGGACCUAAUGGUCAGGGGUCCCUUUAUAUUUUUUAUCAUUUUGCAACACAGUAAUUCAGUUUUACUAGCAAACUGGAGGUUAAACGAACCCUUUUCCAGCCCCGGGAGGAGCGUGGAGAGCAUUUGUGCAAUACACCUACACACUGCAAAAGAAACUAAUGUUUCAUGACACACAGUUUGGAAAGCUCUGAUGGACAUGGACAUCUUGUUGGCCACUAUGAGAGCAGGAUGCUGAACUAGAUGGGCCACUGGCCUGAUCCAGCAGAAUUAUUCUUACGUACCUCUUCCAAGAUACUCCAUUCCAUCUCUCCCAUCCCCAGCAAGCCAGGGCUCUGUGCCCAUCUCUAUCUUCAUUGGACUCUCUUCCAAAUCCCCUCCUCUUCAGAUUUUUUUGGUAAAGGUUUUUUGUUUUUUUUAACUGUGCACUUCUGCAAACUUUGGGCUUUUCCCAAUCCAGUUGCUACCUCUACCCUGUGCAUGGAAGGUGCCACUGUGGCUACAUAAGGAUCAACAGAGAAUGAAUUUGCUUAGUGUAGAGGAUUCUUACUUUUCAUUCACUGUACAAAUAACAGGUUACGACCAGAUGUUGUGUCUGUCUAUAUUAAGGUUUACUACUCAUUAAUUUCUGGGCUCAACUGAUGACUCAGCCACACUUUCAUGUUUGUUAUUUUUAAAAACAGAAGACAAGAUAGAAUAUAAUUUAAAAUGUCAGAAACCAUUAUGAAUAUCAAAUACAUUUUCUUAUUAAAAUGUCUUUUAACAUGCAUAAUAAUAGAAAAACUGAGUUAUGACAGAACAGUGUUUUCCCCUCCUGGAUUAAAUUAAAGAAAACAGAUGGGUUUGCUGAGCUUCAGAUAAAAAGAAAUUUAUGGGUAUGUGAUGAGCAUGAGGCAGACUGAACUUUGCAGACACUAAUUCUCCAGCAGGCUCACCCAGAGCCUAUCAAUUCAAGAUGAUUUUUUCCUUCCUAAGGCCAACAUGGUAUAAAUAACAUCCAGAGAAGGCAACCUUUUUUCCUGACAUACUAGUUUUCUAUGACACCUCCCGCCUUGCAUAGGGGGAACAGUCCAACACACAAACCUCCAUCCUAGUCCAGCACAGCCUGAUGUGAGACAGUCCAGCAAAUGUUUUACCAUUUGAUGGUAUAACCUGACACUAAGACACCAUGGCAGAAGCGGGGUUUUUUUGGUUCUCCAGAUGUUGCUGAACUACAACUCUCAUCAUCCCUGGUCAUUGGUCAUGCUAGUAGGAGCUGAUGGGAGUUGUAGUUCAGCAACUUCUAGAAGACCUUGAACUGUAAGUUUAUAACCAAUUAUUAGAACCCCAGUUUGUGUCAAGAGGAACAGGAGGCUUCAUGGAGGAAGCCAGGCAUUUAUUAUGUGAAGUUGGUAUGUCUACACCAUCUUCUUCAUCCCCAAGUCAACUGGAGCAAGGCUGGGUUUCAUCUAACCUUUACUGAUACAGAUUAGACAGUGUGGUACAGUGGUUAGUGUGUUGUGACUAGGAUUGCAAAGACCCGGGUUCAAACGAGCCCCAAAAUUACUGGGUGACCUUGGAUCAGUAUAUGGGUAAUCUAGGCAUUCUUACUCGCACAGUUAGAUGGGGCAGUGCUCACUGGCCCCUUCCCUUUCAUCACAUCCAUGUCAAUUUCCACACAUUUGGGCAGAGGUUCUGAAGCGGGGAGCCUACUCUAUUCCAUGUGUUUGAGCAGAGUUCUAAAUAACAAGGGGAGGAAACACUGGUAGAGCAGGCCUCCCUGUUUCAGGCUAGGGCUGUGAGAUGUAUUGAUACAACUGGUCCAACACCAGUUUGUAGACCACAUUGUAAGAACCAUUUCAAAAAUAAUUGAGCUGGCAAUGUAUUGUGAAGCACAGCCUUCAAAACUCCAGGGGGCAGUAUAAUUGCAAGCCCUCUGGGGACUAGCUGACUGCCCUCCCUUUCCCAUCUGAUGGCAGAACAGUCCCACUCCCAGCCUCUGGCACCUCCCUGUGUCUCUAUCAGAUGCAGGAAUUGUGGCUGGGCUGCUUCCUCUUUCUCCCUCUCUCUGCCUAGAGAGGAAUGGAAGGAGUUUGCUCUCCAAAUGUGAGGGCUCGCCUGCCUCUAAGAGGAGGAAUCUGCAGUGCUCAUAGCACAUACCUAUUAAUCUCCACAACUGCUCCUUCGCCCGACUAGCAGGUGACUAGUACAGUCUUAUUGCAUGAGAUGCCAGAUCUGGCUUCAGUGUAGUCUGUGGAUCAGGGUUCAAGAGACCACAAAGCAAACAAUACUGGACAUUAGUACUUGUGGUGGAGGCAGAUCUGCAUCAGGGAAGACCAGCAAGUCAAAUCAUCAUGAUACUCAGAAAAGAGAACAGGCCUGCCUGGCAACAUUUCGUAUGGAGUUAGGCACUGCCAUUGGGAGAGUUCCUUCUAUAUUCAAUAAGCUUAUUGCAGGUCUCGGUGGUCAUCCUACAGAAGGAAUGAGGAACAUGUGGCCUUUUACAUGUUGCUGGACUACAACUCCCAUUAUCCCUGACCAUCGGCCAUGCUGCUUGAGGCUAAUGGGAAUUGCCUCUUUGGCCAGAGGUUGGUGAUGGUGCACAGGUGGAAUCCCACCUGACAUUCUCAAGGUUCACACUCUGCUUCAGGCUCAAGUCCUAACACUGGGCCUUUUGAGGAUCAGGUGGCUGUUAUAUUCAAGAGGUGAGGAAAAACAUUUCAGGCAGGCAUUCCAUAUGCAUAAUGUGGGCUAGCUUUCAACCCCAUGUCAAACAUAUGCACUGGACCACUAGAGCCUGAAGAAACACCAGUCCAGGAUUCCUUAUCUAUCUUUCAGGUUCUCCGACUGGACUCUUUCACAUCUGGCAACACUUGGCUCACAAGACAGCUCUCGGUUACCUUUUGAAUGUGAAGGUAUUUAACAGAGAUGGUUGCAAUUGUAAGAUAAAUGGGGAAAGGUGGGGCUGUAACACCUAAUAAGAUGACAGGUGGGAAACAUAUUUAGAAGCAUCUGCUAAAUAUUAUGAGGAAAGAUUUGUGUUUGCCAGAUUUUCAGGGUCUGAUGCAGACAUUUUGAGUUGCAGAUGUAUGUAUCGGCGUUGCAGCAGAUCUCUGACCCACAUAGGAGUUAUGUACUUAUAAUGAGCUUUGGAAAUGAGAGCCUUUGAGUAAACCAUUAUGGGUCUUCCAUUCCGAAUUUUGGUUGAAUCACUCAUUAUCGUUUUUUCAAUUUUCUCCAUCCACAUGAAUGGUUUGUUUUUUUAAGCCUGGUGCCCCUCCUAACUGCCUACACCUUAUUUGAUCACGAAUGCAGUGCAGCAGGCAGAAACUCGCCAAUCCUUAUGCUUGAAGUCCUUUGGGGCACACCUCAAUAGCACUGACUUGUAGAACUCUCAUCACACACAUACACACAUCCCAGGGAUUCUGAAAGUGGCUUGAAUAAUGGUCUUCAACUGGUGGGUCCGAACCCACUAGUGAGUCAUAACAUGAGCACUACCACUAUGAAAAUAUAUGGUAAACGAUUCAGAAAGGGAUCCCCAAAUGUAUGUUUGGGUGCAAAGUGGGUCCUGGGUCUGAAAUGCUUGAAGACUACAGGUAUAGUUUAACCUUUUCGCAUCUGGUGCCCCCUAGAUGUCACUGGACUCCUGUUAUUUCUGAUUACUGGAAUUAGAGCCCAAAACAUCUGAAAGGCAGAUUGAGGAAAGCUGAUACAGUGGGUGUGAUGGUUGUGUUGAAAAAGUAGAGUGAGUGGGUCAAUCUGGUCAUGCAAAUUGGCCUUUAUAUCACUGCUUUUAAGCCUUAAAAAGAGAACAAUGAAAAAUGGAAUGUAUGGUAUAUAAGGAACUCUACAUGUUGGGAGAAAAAGGACAAGGGUUGAUAGCUAUUUUUAAGUCUGAAUAACUGCUUAAAGGAUAACAGCUUGAGGCAGGGUGAGGAAUAAUGAGUUGAGGUUGAAAUGCAGCAGAUGUAAGUUCGAUAUAAUGGAAAACCUCCUAAAUGCAAGGAUAAUUGAACAGCCGAUUGGAUUACUCAGGAAAAGUUGUGGGGUCUUUCCAUUAGGGACAGCUAGAAGAUUUUAAGCAGGAAAGGAGGCCGAGUUAGCAGACUUUCCACUCCAGCUAUAUCCCUGUAAUUAUUUUUCUUUGGACCAAAAUAAAGGAAGCUUAUAAAGUUCUCCCUAUAUUAAGUUCACCUCAGAUUUGGGGGCUGCAAAUUAACCUGUCUUGUUUGUGGUAUGCCACUGAUACCUUAGCAAUCUGCUAGCCUUCCUUUCCCCCUUCAAAAAUUGUUUAACAAUACAGCAAAAAAACCUUCUCAAAAUUACCGUAUUUUUUGCACCUUAACACUCACUUUUUUCCUCCUAAAAAGUAAGGGAAAAUGUCUGUGCGUGUUAUGGAGGGAAUGCCUACGGGUGGCAUGCCUACGGAUUUUCCUCCUCUAAAAACUACAUGCGUGUUAUGGUCGGGUGCGUGUUAUAGAGCAAAAAAUACGGUACAUACUGUACAUGCAUGAUGAUCAGAUACACACAAGAACUGUGCUUCAUGUGAUUCAGAGCCAGACCAUGUAUGUAAGAACCCUGCUCAGGAAAAGAAAAGGACCCUUAGCUCUGUUGUAUGGAAUGAACACAUUCAUUCCUCUCUAGAACAAGGCUUGAGUUGUGGGGAGCCGAGGGAGUUCUAAUUCUUAUUAAUAAAGAAGAAAAAUAAAAACCACAUUCCAUUCAAUCGGUCUUUGUUUUCAAUCCCUCUGACCACUUUCCUAUGUUGCCUAUCCUUCCGUUUUUUAUUUGUAGACUGCAUUGAAGCCAUUUGCCCUAGCCAUAAGCCUCUUCCAUUUCUUUGAGUCUUUCCCUGCCCCUGGCCCCAGCAUCCAGGUUGCCAGUGUGCACUAGUGGUUAUGUAUGUUAAUGAAACAGAGUACAAAAAAUCAUCUUGAUGUGAUGGUGCACACAACGGCCUUGUGAUUUUUGUGGGUGCGGGCUGUGUUUCCUCAAUGCCCAUAAGUAUUUGCACACCUUAAUAAUACGCAGCAGCAACAACAACAAGCAUAUGAACAGAAGGAUCCUAAAAGCUGAAGCAAACUGUGCUUGGACCAGUUCUGAAACUAAAUUUAGCAAUUCUCCAAGUUGAAGAAAGGCAGAGCAGAAGCAUGGGAGCACAGCUAACCCACAGGGCAGAAAUGGGGUAAAGUCUGCCCAUCCUUAAUAUUUUGAUAUACUUCCAUUUGACAAGUACCGGUAAGUAUGUAGACUGCAUUUAUUUCCAUUUGAUUUCUCCAUUUGAUUUCUACUGACUUUUCUACUCCAUUUAAUUUCUACUGACUUUUCCUUUAUCCUUGUAUACACCUUAAAAUCAAUCUCCAGCCUUGCUAAUACAAAAACUGUCAUGCUUAUCUUUAACUGAGUUCUCAGUCUAACAAGGAAUGUUUAUGCUUCACUUAAAGACAGGGACAGAUCCAGGUAACGGCUAGAUUUGAUAUUUUAAAAGUGGGAAGCGGAAUGGCUGAGCCACUGUGUGUGUUUUGACUCUGCAGGUGCAACCUGACACCUGCACAGAUUCCAGUUGAGCCUGAUUCAAUUAAAGUUGCAAUCCUGCAUGCAAGUCUGUUAUUUCCUCCUAUAUUUCAUAUUACAACUGUGACAUUUGGGCUACAACCAUUUACCCUUUUUCUCCCCCUACCCCCACCACAAACCCAUUUUGCUUAGCAUCCAGACUGAUGGAAUAUUCUGGGGAACUGAAAAGCUUUCUCACAAUCCUAAAACAAUAUUUCUUGGAAUGCCCCAAUCUGAGGACAUAAAUGUUGAUCUUCAAAUAAUACAAACUCUACUGAUAACAGCAAAAUUUUGUAUGCCCAAUUUUGGAAAUGUAAAAAUCCCCCAACAGUUAUGGAAUGGCUGCAGAAAACAGUCUUGCAGAUAAAGCAAACAAACGACUAAUUUAUUUUUUAAAAUUUAUCGAAAGAUGGACCAUGUUUAUACAAUUAUAGAAUGAAAAAGUAGCAGAGGAUAUAGCUCCUUAUAAUUUAUUUACAAUAAACUAAUUUUCUAUCAGAGUGUAUUAUUUCUAUCUGUUCUUUCCCUCUGUUCCCAAUACAAACUUAUGAUUCACAUUUUCUCUUCAUUUUAUUAUUGUGUACCAAUACUAAAAUGACUAAAAAUAUAUAUAUUUUUAAAAAAUGCUCAAAAUGUUGUGGCCAACAUUUGGCCCAAAUAAAGUUCUUCGCUGAACUGUGGGUGAUCUGCCCACCCCCUUUAUGGACCCAACACAGCUUCCCUUGUUUAUCUUCUGUCUGCCUCUCUGUGAUGCAGAUUUUUUAAAGGGCUGCUCACAAAUGACAAGCAGUAGGAGGAAUAAGAGAGAGACGCGGGUGGCGCUGUGGGUAAAACCUCAGUGCCUAGGACUUGCUGAUCGUAAGGUCGGCGGUUCGAAUCCCCACGGCGGGGUGAGCUCCCGUCGUUCGGUCCCAGCUCCUGCCCACCUAGCAGUUCGAAAGCACCCUUAAGUGCAAGUAGAUAAAUAGGUACCACUCCGGCGGGAAGGUAAACGGCAUUUCCGUGUGCGGCACUGGUGCUGGCACGCCAGUUGCAGCUUUGUCACGCUGGCCACGUGACCCGGAAGUGUCUUCGGACGGCGCUGGCUCCCGGCCUCUUGAGCGAGAUGAGCACGCAACCCUAGAGUUGGUCACGACUGGCCCGUAUGGGCAGGGGUACCUUUACCUUUUACUCCUCCACCCCACCCCCCACACCCAUGCUAGAUUAAAAGUGCACCUUUCUGGACCAGUUGCUGCUAGCCAUGACUUCACGGUUAAAAUGAAAAGAAGGUAAACCAUGUAAUGCAUCAUUUGACCUCAUGGUGGAGAUAGAGACCUAGAAGAACCCAAUGUACAAACUAGUCCUGACAGACAAGCAGGGCAUACGUAAUUAGGGGCUCUUUCCCCAACCCCUCCCAAUCAAUGCCAGCCAAACCUUUUAGACAAUCUGUGUUGAUUUCAAAUUACAUCAGACUACAACAAAGCAGAGAUGUGCAUGUUAGAGUGGCCACGUACCCAACAUUACCGUUCUCUGUUUGAAGGCAUCCUCUAUGUGAAGUGCUGUUCUGUCCCAAGUCUGGUUUAAAGAUAAAUAACCAUAAGAAAGGAGAGCAGAAGCCUUGAACUUGCCUGUCAACAUUUAGCUGCUGGACAGCCGCUGGUCACAGUGUUCUGCAGUCUGGUGAGGUGUGCUCUAUGUCUAUUCCUAUUUGUACUUACAUUUUGUGUCUGCACUUAAAAAUCAGCAUGUGCUUAUUUUAUACAGAUCUGUGCCCUUACCCUCCCUCUUUUUUUUUGGCAAUAUGUAAGCGGUCUCUGUAGCACUGAACCACACACUCAAGUCAGCCUACAAUGGCCUUUGAAGCAACAAUGCCGCUAGAUAGAAAAUGGAUGCUUGCAGCUGUCACCCCAAAAGCCAACGAAGGUUAAUUUCAUUUCACCACUCAUAUCUUCCUGGCCAUGAUAUGAGAUAGGCAGCAGUCAGUAAAGGUUACCUAAAAGAAGGAUGCCACCUCCUUCCAUUCAUUUCUUAAAAUCCUUCCUCAAAAGCUCACGCUUUGCAUGAAGCCUUUGGCACAACCCCCAUGUUGUCCUACUGUAAGGAAGCCACAUGCUACUGAAGUAAUCGUACAUUCUUUUCUUGUUUAUCCACGGAUGCCUCCAGACUGUAUUUUGCAGGAGGGAUUCCAGUGCAUCCUGUAAAUUUAGAUUUGCGCUAUUCAAGAGGAUUACAUUGUUCUGUUGCCCUAGUGCAACAAAUAUAUAUAUAUAUAUAAACAACUGGCUUUUGCAGUUAGGAAACUGACGAGGAAAUGCACUGAAAAGUGUGGGAUGGUAGAAUGAUGAAUAUGUAUAAACACCCCUCAAUGAUAUCAGAAUGUGCGCUGGUUGUCAUAUAACUAGCCUGCAAGUAAAUCAGAACAAAUGCUCCAUAAAGAAUGGCGGGAGGUGGAGAGAGAUAUAUAACUUCCAUGUAAGCUUUGUGAAAGCAAUCCAUGGAGAAUGCUCAAUGUCUGGAGGAGUCUCCUGCCUCCCCUUUCCAUACUGCUUCCCUGUGUCCAAUUUUGGAUGAGAAAAUCCUUGGGGCAAUACUCCGCUUGUACACUGUGAUGUGCCAUGUACAUUGUUAGCAUAUAUGUGGAAGGCCUUCCAGUUGUUAGCAGAGGUCCUCAUUCUGCUCCUUGUCCUAAUCUGUUUCCAUGACUGCUAACCUCUGUCCCGCCCUGGGCAUAUGUACUAUGAAAUUCCCACACUUACCAUCAUUCUCUCCUGUCAUCGCCACGUUGCAGUCCCUGAUGCACAGUCUGCAUUGUGCAAGGAAAGUCAGAUUUGGCAACCAGAAUUUCCCCAAAUUACAUCUCUUAUUAUUCUUGCACAAGUCAAAGAACAUUUUCAAAUGCACUAAUUAUAAUUACUUACAGGCACUCUGGUUCUGAGAAAUGUGAUGCAGUACUAUCUCCAUAAACUGUAAUCUGGAAUAGGACCCAUUGGUAGACCUACCAAGUGCUAGGGAGGCCUAGGAGGAAAUUUCUAAGAGGUAAACAUUCUGCUUUGGCUUUUUUUCAGCCAAGUUUUCUGAUAUUCAUCGGCACAGAAAGGUGAGUGCAUCUGAUGUUAUAGUCUAGCGCUUAACAGUGAUUGGUAUCUGUGAUGCUGUCGAUUAACACUUGUCUCGCCUCCUUCGAAAAAUGUUUCCUGGACUAUCUUUUCCUCAGAAGAGGGUUAUCUGGAGCACAAAGCAGUGAGUCACAACCACACCAUACAUUGAAAACACUCUUCUCCCUCUUCAGACUGCCAUGGCUUCCCUCAGAGAAUCCCCAGAAACUGUAGUUUGUUAAGAGUGCUGAGUGUUGUUAAGAGACCCCUCACAGAGCUACAAUUGCCAGUGCCCUUAACAAACUACAGUUCCCAGAAUUCUUUGGGGGGGGGGACCAUGACUUUUACAGCAGUAGAAGGUAAAGGACCCCUGACCACUAGGUCCAGUCAUGGCCGACUCUGGGGUUGCGGCGCUCAUCUCGCUUUGUUGGCCGAGGGAGCCGGCGUACAGCUUCCGGGUAUGGGGCCAGCAUGACAAAGCCACAUCUGGCGAACCAGAGCAGCGCACGGAAAUGCCGUUUACCUUCCCGCUGGAGUGGUACCUAUUUAUCUACUUGCACUUUGAGGUGCUUUCGAACUGCUAGGUGGGCAGGAGCAGGGACCGAGCAACGGGAGCUCACCCCGUAGCAGGGAUUCGAACCGCCAACCUUCUGAUCGGCAAGUCCUAGGCUCAGUGAUUUAACCCACAGCGCCACUUGUGUCCCACUUACAGCAGUAGAAGAAUGCUUUAAAUGUAUGGUGUGGAUGUGACCAUGGACAAGGAAGCAACAGCAGCACAUGCAUGGUGGGGCUGAGCCACACUUCUGACACGGGCGUCGCUGUUGUUUAUGCAAAGAGGGCUGGGCCAGGGGGGCGGUGAGAGAGGGGCCAUGACAGCACAUCUGCUGGACUGCUGCUGCCGUUCCAGUGUUCUUGUUGGUGUACCAGCAUGGCUUCAACUUGCUAAUGUGUUUGCCCUGCCCAGGCAAGCAGCAGAGAUUCUGGUAUUGGGAGGUGAGCUCCAGCCCACCACAUGCACUGCUACAGCAACAAAUCCACCCGUAACAAAACAGAAGCCCCGAGUCUUCCUGAUAUAAUGCUCCCCAAACCAUUCCAGUGACAAUUUAUUAUGAACACUCAAGUGGUUAAGUCUUCCACAGGACGUGUCACUGCUUUGCUACGACAGAUGCAUCACAGCUAUGCCUCUGGGUUUUAUUAACACUCCAGGAGCCAUGCAAGGCACCCAGUCUGAACUUGCCUCUCCCUUGACAUGCCUCAGAAGGCAUUUCCCCACAGCAUCACCAAGAUGUCUGGGAUGCUUGGGCAAGGGGAAGGAGCAUGUGCUCACAGGCCUGGAAAGCAGACAAGCUGAGCUUUGAAAACCUUCUCGGUGAAUCAUUGGUACCUGAGCACUGGCCAAGUCAAAGUGAAGCCUCUCAAAGGCAUGGAGAGACACUCUAACCUGCAGUGGUACAUUUUAGACUCUGGACUUAAUUGUCUGCCAGACAGCUCCUCUUUAGAUCAUAAGGUGUAUUUACUUCACUAACUUCAAAAUGUGAGGUAAGUCAUCCUGUGCAUUGUAGGUUGGAGUGUCCCUUCUGUACAUUCUGCCGAGAGGGGGCCCAAGACUUCUGCUCCAAAGAUUUGCCCUGAUAGCUCCGCUGAUACUUCUCCCUCUAUAGGUACCAGUGCUUCCUAGAAAAAACUUCUGCACAAGUGAUUGGUACACAACCUUUCUAAUCAUCGCUGAAAAAAUAUGGUUGCCCUAUGGGACUAGUGGACACAGAAGGAGGAGCAGGCAUGCCACAGUUUUCCAACUCACUUCCUCUCUCUCUCUCUCUCUCACCUAGCAGGAUUUCAAAGUCAGAAGGCAAAAGUGCCUGGAAAUCCCUUGGGUGUUGUAUUAUAUUUGGCAUUUAAACUAUGAAUCAUGCUUCCAUGACUCUCUUGCCACGGAAGGAUGUGCAAGAGAUAUCCUGCUUCUCACUUGUGUACAUAUUUUCUAUAUGGUUGAUCAGAUUAUCUUUCCUGUUUCUUGCAAGUUUGGCUCUGUUAAACUAGCUGCAAUCUAAGCCAAUAAUAUGCUGUUCUUACGCAACUCUUCUGCGCAAUGCAAUCAACGUAAUUCUAUUUAAAUUUGAUUUUACUUGACAAUCUUGCCUUUCUUUUAAUUAAAAAAACCUCUAGCUCUUAUGGUCUCAUAUGAAAGCAAGAAAAUGUGUAGUAUUUGCUGAAGUUGCAAGAAACCAAAGGAAGUCUCAAGUAGGAUAUAUAUUCUGGUAGGAUAUAUAUUCCCUGCACUAACACGCUGUCCUUUCCCACAAUUCUCUGUCCUCACCCCUCCCUGAUCCUAGGAAAAUUGGUUAUCCUUGGCACCAUAAAGAUGCUAAUCCCAGAAAGGGAACUGUCCCAGGGCCAAUUCACAUAUUCUCCAGGUGAAAGAGCAUUCUUAUGAUUAUGGGUGCUAUGUAUGGUUUUUUAUUCUUGCAUUAUGAAUGUGAUUGCUGUUUUAAAUGAAUUUUGUACUCCUCUCCAAGACUGAUUCGAUAUGGAGUGGGAUAUAAAAUACUUUAAACAAGUAUGAAAGAAAUAAUAUUUUGCAUACCAUUCCUCAUCAUAGAACUCAGACUGAAUCCACUGGGUAACUUAAACUGUGACUGACAUUCUUGUUAUACUCUAAAUUGCAAGUAUUCAUGAUACUGUCAGUUCCAUAAUCACAUGACCCUGUUUAUGUGAACAUUUUUCUUCACUGGAUGAGAAAGGAGCAAGUCAGACUCAUGCAACUUUGCCCCAUCCUCUCUCCUCUCCUCUCCUCUCCUCUCCUCUCCUCUCCUCUCCUCUCCUCUCCCUGCAUAGAAAGAAGUUCUUAAGACCCACCACAACAUAGUGGUAAAGAGUAGGUUUUCGUGGGGAAACAGCCAGGGUGGCAGGGGAAGAAGCACUCAGACAUGGAGCUUUAAAGAGUGAACCUAUGUCUAGAAUGGAUGGAUGGCGGCUAAUGGAUUGAAGUUGAAUCCUGACAAGACAGAAGUACUGUUUUUGGGGGGACAGGGGGCGGGCUGGUGUGGAGGACUCCCUGGUCCUGAAUAGGGUAACUGUGCCCCUGAAGGACCAGGUGCGCAGCCUGGGAGUCAUUUUGGACUCACAGCUGUCCAUGGAGGCGCAGGUCAAUUCUGUAUCCAGGGCAGCUGUCUACCAACUCCAUCUGGUACGCAGGCUGAGACCCUACCUGCCCGCGGACUGUCUCGCCAGAGUGGUGCAUGCUCUAGUUAUCUCCCGCUUGGACUACUGCAAUGUGCUCUACGUGGGGCUACCUUUGAAGGUGACUCGGAAACUACAACUAAUCCAGAAUGCGGCAGCUAGAAUGCGGGGGCGGCCGCCGAGACCACAUAACACCGGUCUUGAAAGACCUACAUUGGCUCCCAGUACGUUUCCGAGCACAAUUCAAAGUGCUGGUGUUGACCUUUAAAGCCCUAAACGGCCUCGGCCCACUAUACCUGAAGGAGCAUCUCCACCCCCAUCGUUCUGCCUGGACGCUAAGGUCCAGCGCCGAGGGCCUUCUGGCGGUUCCCUCAUUGCGAGAAGCAAAGCUACAGGGAACCAGGCAGAGGGCCUUCUCGAUAGUGGCGCCUGCCCUGUGGAACGCCCUCCCAUCAGAUGUCAAAGCGAUAAACAACUACCUGACAUUCAGAAGACAUCUUAAGGCAGCCCUGUUCAGGGAAGUUUUUAAUGUGUGAUAUUUUAGUGUAUUUUUGGUUUCUAUGGAAGCCGCCCAGAGUGGCUGGGGAAACCCAGCCAGAUGGGUGGGGUACAAAUAAUAAAUUAUUAUUAUUAUUAUAGAAAUGAGGCACAAAAGCAAGUCUGGAUGAGCACCUUCUUUCUAAGCUGGCUUACCUAUACCUGACAGAAAUUGAUUACCAUUUCCAUAUAACUUACUACAUUUAUAUCCUUAUUACAAUGAAGAGCCCAAGGUAUCAUUCACCUCCAUAUUAGCCUCACAACAACCCUUUGUGGCAAGUUAGGCUAUGGGGUGGUGAGGUUCAUGGCUGAAUGGGAAUUUGACCUGUAGUCUCCUCAGCCCUAGUCCAGCACUACAUUGCAAUGAUACCUGUUCUGUAGACUUCAUCCAGAGUGAUUCAAGGGCCUGACUGUAAGAACACAUGUGCCUCUGGCUCCUUAGCUCUACCUAUGCAGGUUGGAGCGGAUGAGAAUUAUAUUUCAAAACUUGUGGAGGGUACCAGUAUGAAAUGCAACGCUGCUUCUCCCUUGCUUUUAACACAAAUUCUGUGCUAUAUGCCAUUGUGCAGUGCAAUAAGAAGUCACACAUACAGAAUUGCCUGUCUUUAUCACACAACUUUGGGAGUGGGUGAUGCUUGAAAGGUCAUUUCUUACACCUGAGCAGAUAGUUGAUGCAAGAUAAUGGAGUGAUCCCUCCAUUAGCGUGCAUAGGAGGAAAGAAGAUAGUGGAUCUCUAUAAAUGGUGGUGAUGAUGGAGAAUCUCACCAAAAGGGUUCUGUUAUCCUUGGCAGAUAAGAUUCCCCCAACCCAGUUUCUGGGUAGCCUUUUCUUUUAGCCAUGCAAGUUAAUAGAAGGAUGGCUCUCAAUUAAUUUGCAUAGGGGAAAGAAGUAUCUGUAGCCCCAGAAAUAACUGCAGAGUGUAUGUAGUCACCACCACAAUCAGUUCUUCUCCUCCGCCUGAGAAAAACAGAAGGUUUGGGAGAAAGGGAUUUUGAAGGUGUGCACUGAGAAGCAGUAAGCCCCCCCACCCUAGUUAUGAUCAACAUUUGAGUUGUAUAGUAAAAUAGAGGAUAAAACUUCAUGCCUACAGAUUCACUCCCACCUGCCUAAGAUUAAAGAUGGAGCAGGAGAGGAAGGUGAAGGGCAAAGGGUAGCAAACUGGUUUUGUAAGAACAAAGCUACUUCCAGCAGUUUACAUGAGGCUGGUUCACAUGGAAAUCCAGAUCAAAUGAGCAAAGAGAAAUCACAACAGAUUGGAAAUGCAUUAUGUGCCUCACAAGCCAGAAAAAGCUGUGGCAGGGGAAGAACCCAAAUUGUGGAUUGGACCUAAGUGUAUUAGAAGAGGGGAAGAGACGUUGCUAAAACAGGGGUGGCUAACCUCCCCCUGCCCUGUUGCUGGACUACAACUCCUAUAAUCAUGGGAAGCGUAAUUCAACAACAUCUAGAGAUCCUUGAACUAGAAAAUGCAUAAUUAGAAUUUGUGUCACAGCCAGGCACUCCAGUUUGAUCAUACACAGUCAUACCUAUUCUAAAAAGGACAAGUUGCAAAGGGUAAGGGCAAAUCUUGCAAAUACGAAUAUUUUACCAGCUAAAUCACUUGUACUAAACAUUUUACCAGCAUGUCCCCACCCUGCCCAGUACUAAUUUGCCACAGCAUAAUGGGGGGGGGGGGAAUGGAUUUACUAAGCUACUUGCUUUGAAGGAACUGUUGCUUUCCCUAGGGCAAUAUCCAAGUGCAAUACUGGGGGAAAGGGGAUGCCAAACUUUCAGUAACAUCUAAAUGUCUUAACAGGCAAAACCAAGGGCAAUCAGGACUAACAUCUCAAGACAUUUGGGAGCCCAAGGCUGCAAUCCUGCGUUCUUGCCUGUGAGUAAACCACAUUGAACUCAGUCUUUUUUUCUAAGUAGACAUACAUAGGAUUGCACUGUCAACUAUCACUGAAGCAGUGCUAAAAUUUUGUAAAUGUUUUUCACCCUGAAAAUUGCUCACAUUUUGCCAAAAAUGUAACCCACAAAGCCGUUUCACUUUCCAUUUUUAAGUUCGAUCUUUGUUUAAAGCAGCUGGAGCUGAACAUUUGAUACAGAUUGUGACUUAAAAGUACAACAGGAAAGCCUCAAGAACAUAAUAAAGGAGUGCCUGAAUCUAAUUAAGUGUGAUGACAGAGGACAGCCCUCUCACUUCCCACUCAGACCCUCUAUGUAGAAGUGUUUAUACAUCUUUAAGACAAGCCAAUGCUUAAAAGCUAUGCAAAAGCAGAAGUUGAACAUGACAACAGAUUUACUUACAUGAGGGUUAAAGCAUGAAGUUGUCCUUCGUUUAAGGAGCAGCUGGAAAGUGUUCUGCUGUUUAGCUUAUGCAAAAUACACAAAGCUGCUAUUUGUGUUUGCUCGGAGUUAUGGGAGGUGGGCCGUGCAUCCCAGCACAUACACGCAGAGAACAAAGCCUACAUGCAUACAAUAUCUCUUACUCCCACCCACUGGUACUUCUCCGAAUGAGGGACAGAUUUGCAUAAGACAUCAUCUGCAGCCAGUGAUAACAGCUGAAGAGCGGAGUGGGACAGAGGGGCUUUAAUAUGUGAUAGAUGAUCGAAGAGUGAGACCACACAGCCAGUGAAUAAGAAGAGGAAAAAAGGGCGGUGCCAGAGAAUUCCUAAAACAGAAGGAGAGAAAUGCAUGUAGGAAAGAGAAAAUUUGGAACACACCCGUGAUCUACCAGACCAAUGGGAAGCUGCUCACUGUGAAGAGGACUACCCCACACUAUGGGCAUUUGCUCCCCCCUCACUAGCUAUGCAGGAAAAUGUUCAGACAUUAUCUUCAUUUGUUCUAUAAAUUAGUCUACACCGACUUUCACUGGUUUUAGCCAAUGAAUAGAGGCAUAACAAUGAUUGGCAUAUAGGAAAGCAAACUCCACAAACAUGAAAAGGCCAGAGUGACACACCCACAGUUUACUUCCUGGCUCCUUUAUUUUGGUCUUUCCGGGUGGAGAACAGAUUAUACUCAUAUUGCAGUGGCUAUGUGAAAAAGAGUUACACCAGCCCUGCAAAAGAAACCCAGUUAUCAGAGCUAUUGCCUCAGUUGACAGGGUGGCAGAUUUGUGCCCGCUGGGUCCCUGCUUCCUUGCCUUGCCAGCUAGCCCACCACCCCAGCUCUUUCAAAGCUCUAUAGAACACCUGCUCCAUGCCUGUGCUGCCUGAAGCAAAUUUAAACUUCAAAUUACCAGUAAGAAAAAGAACUUCUAGCCACUACAGAAUAAUGGUACCAGCAGCACUCUCCUGGCUACCCUUCCUCAGAGGGUGUGUAUGUUAACUAUGUGUAUUUGUGUAUUUAUUUAUUUGGAGUAUUUACUUGCCCUGCCCAGGGCAAACAAUAAAUAAAUCCCAAGGAAUCCCAUUUAUGCACUUACUUAUUAAAAAAAUAAAUAUAUACCGCUGUAUCAUAAAAAUAUAUCACAGCAGUUUGCAACAAUAAAGCAAACAGAAAGCAAACAAUAAAUUUGUAAAAAGUUAAACGCAAAAAGAAAUUAAAAACAAACAUCAACAGACCAUUGUGGAGGAUGUACUCUUAAUACUCUUAAUUGCCUGCAAAGGCUUGGGGGAAUACAGAAGUUUCCAGCCAGUGUUUAGAAGCUGGCACAGAAGGUGCUCACUGAAUCUCUAAUGGCAGGGUGUUGCCGAGGACAGAGCACUCCAGUGUGCCACUUUACUACAUUAAAGGAGCUGUUGUUUUCUGUACUGUACUUUUCUCUUUUUUUAUAUAGAGGAGUAUUCAAGAAUAUGAUUUCUCCCCCUGGAAGUGUUACACUUCAAAAUUCUAUCUGUUGCUUUGAAAAGAAGCAUCAAGAGAACCUGAACAGCCUUUACCAAAGGUGUCAUGGACUUUGAGGAAGCACGAACUCAGGGCAAAAAGGAGAAAUGAGCUAAGAGCAAGACAUGUUUGGCAAACCCUCACUGUGGCCAACUCCCAUCCAGAAACCUAUUUCCCCACUGUGGAAGGAUGUGUGGAUCCAGAAUUGGCCUCCACAGUCACUUACGGACUCACUGUUAAGACUGUGUUCAUGAAAGACAAUCUUACUUGGCUACAAGUGAUUGCCAAAGAAGAAAAACCCUCUUAAGUUCACCAUGCAGAGAAUAAACAAUCACAACUCACCAUGUUCCAUUCCUGUCUUUGAUAAUUAAUUUCUAUGACCAAAACUGGGGUAACACUCUCACUCUCUCCUGUUGCUAUCCCCUGCCCUUUGAAUGGCUGGUUGAAACAACAACAUUAAUGGUUUCCAGUUGAACUGAAACUAUUAGAAAGACGAUGGCUCUCAAGAAAAAAGGCAUGUUAUUUCUGCAGCUGUAUGAGUCACACCAGGCUUUCUCUCCCCUCCCCACCCCCAGCCUUAUUCUAUUAGGAACAAUCCCUGGGAAGAUUUUGGUUCCAGAGAGGGGGAAAGUUGGCAGAAACAACCCAAUUCCCAUAUGUUCUGCAUGAUUUUAAAAAGGAAACUAACUGCCUUUAGUUUUGAAGCCCCAACUCCCAAGAAUGGUUUUGACCUAGUAAAAGAAAAUCAAGAGGUUUCUUCUCUUUUCUUUACAUUUACCCAUGACUUCUCAUAUUCUGUCCCAGGAAUGUCUUGGAAGCUUUUCUGGCAACCCUUUUCAGUUGGUGGAAAUAUUGUGCUUUUCUGCUGGGCACAUAUUAAAUGCAGGGUAGUAUCCCAAAACUUGCUUGACAGGGAUAGCUAGCCAUGACCACCUAGUGUCCCCGAAAUGGGGGUUCCAGUAAAGUGACUGUGCACACCUGUGCAGAAGUCCACAUUGCCCAACCAUUACCACAGAGCAGAAGUCCAGAAGUAAAUAUAACAUGGGCCUAUAACUUAUUUAAAAGUGAACAUACCACAGUCAUAGCAAUACUCAGCAAUAGCUGGGUGGAGUCCAACUGCUUCCGCGCCCCCAAAGCCAACACUUUCUAAAAGCCUUGCAGCACCAUUAACACACCGUUCCUGCCUUCGGACCCCACACAGGUGCUGCCUGAGGCAAGUCAUUUCACCCUGAUGCAUGGACUUGUUCAACGUUUUAUCCGCCAGCGAAGGCCUUCACCACCGGUUAAAUGUGUGGACCUAAUGAAAGAGCAACUUUACAACCUUAUCCUAUUUCCUGGGAAAUACUAUGUGGGGAAGUGGGGGGGGGUGGAGUGAUUGCGCUGCUGCAACCUCAUUAAGUCUCCACUCAAUACUGGAUCAGCUCUACAGAUGCAUGCUGCACCUGUGAAGGAACGGAAAAGGCAUAGCUGGUUAUGUGUGCUGCAAAGCUGUGCAUGGCUAGGGAAAGGGAAUGAAGCAGAGGGGGCAUGUUUAGUUGGCAUUGCAUCCAUAAUACCAAGAUGAGGAAGACUGUUAUGUGCAUCAGUGCAAUGGGGUACUUCAUAUAUUUUCUCCCACUAAAAUAUGACUCCUUCCAGACUGGGCAACAUGGCCAGAAACUCACACUCCCAGACCCAAAAGUAGACACGAAGAAGCAGAGGUUGGAGAAGAGUACAAGCAUUUGUUAUUCUCAAGGUAAAUACUAUAUUUUCAGUUGGGUUUUUGUAAUUUGGUUUUGUUUGGCACUAGUUUUCUUGCAGACCAGAUGCAACUUUCUUAUAGGUCAUGUUCAAAUGGUGCACACUGUUAUUUUCCUGGCUCACCUAGAAACAAAGUGCAUCUUGCUUUCUGACAAGUUAAGAUCUAACCUUCUGGACAGUCCUGCCAAACCAAACAUGAAUGCUUAAUAUUGAAAUGUCAAAAUCUCCCCUGUAACAUGCAACUGAAAUGUUCAGUGCUUGGCUGAAUAUCAUUCCUCAACCCCCUUUAUCAUCUUUAUGUUUGUACUCUGGUUGAAAACUUUAAAAGCCCCAGGCAUCCCCUAUGAAAAAUUAAGCACCAAAUGGUACAAAAGAUGUUCAUUUUCAUACACUGACCUAGGUAAAGAGCACAUUUUUCAAUCCUCCUUUCCCCCACUGCCACUCAGAGAUGGGCUAGAAGCCAAGUCUGUGCCGGUAAGCUUGUUUUUCUAUUUAAAGUGUUCAUUUUUAUUAAUAACCCUUUAAUGUCUACACACUGGCACUGUAGGAGUUGUAUUUCCAUGUUAUGUCAUCGGGAGCUAUUAUGUAUUUAAUUCCUGAGCCCACAAAUCCAUAUGGACAUCAUUAAACAUAUAUAGCAUAGCAUUAAAACUCUGUUCCACCCCCUCCCAAAAAAAAGCCCAACCCCCAGCUAAGGUCAUGGGAAAGAGAAACAGGCAAGCAGAGUGCUUUUAGCGUUACAUUUUACUAUGCACAUCUUUAGGCAGUUUUUUGUGCACAAUAGGUUGCGAGUUGCCCUGAGCUCUUGUUGGAAGGGUGACUAAUACCUGAGCCAAAUAAAUAAAAGUGGGGUUGUGUUAAUAAACUUGGAGGGUGUUGAGGCAAUAGGGCAAAACCCUUACCCAUGUAAGUUUUGCAUGUGCACCCAGAUAUAUUUGCCAUAUUCAGUGUCUGAUUUCUGUACAGUAUUAGCACACCAGGUGCUGAUGGCCUGGGCAUGUUUGCUGCUGGCAUGCAAGUGUUACACAGAAAUGGGUCAGGUUAUGUACUAAGUACAUCUAAAUGCACAUGGAAAGCUUACAGAUGAAGCCCUGGAGGUGUUUAAUGACACUUUUGUGGGGUUGGCCCACAGUAAAAGUUUCUAAAAGAUCAAUAUGUACAAUAGUAGAGAGAACAAAGAAAUCCACUAAAAUACAUUUGUGGUUAUUUCCCCAUAGAAGAUGAAUCAUGAACCCAAAUUGUGCUUAAAUAUCCCAUGGGAACAAUUUAUAUAUUCUCACGAUCAGAAUGCAUUGGGAUAUCCAUCCAUUUCCCUCUGUCUCCGAAAAGUUACACACUAUGCAUUUAAAGCACAUGACUUCUUCAAAGAAUCUUGGGAACUGUAGUUUUCCCCUCACCGAGCUACAAUUCCCAGUACCCUCAAAACACUACAGUACCCAGUUUGCAGGAAGAGUAAUGAAAGUGGCAAAUCCAUCAAUGAAAUGGGAAAAAAACAUUUUUAGGUGUAAUAGACUGGGGGAAUUAAUCUCAUAAAAAUUAAAGCUGAAGUUUGAAAAAUAUUUAUUUCCCCGUACAUCUAGAAACACCAACACACAAACUUGAAGAAUGUCUGUUCCUCAUCUGUUGCAAGCAUCAUAACACACACUAUCAGGGCCUCUUUGAUAUUUCCAUCUGGAAAAGGAAAGCGCUGCCUCCCUGAAGUCUGAAAACUACCUUUUAAUCUCCUAUUCUCCUUGAUCUACUUCUUUUUCCACCACUUGUUCUAGCUCCCCAAUGAAUUCAAGGAUCACUCAUCUGUCUAGUUUCUAAUGCUCCUUAAAAUGCUCGCAAACUUUUCUCAGAAGGGGCUCUUAAAUUUAAUUCAGGUGAUUCCAUUCCUUCAAAGAGGGCCAGUCACUAGUCUAUGCAGGUGAAAAAAUUUUUAAGAAGGACUGGGAGAAAUAAAACUCUUUAGAUGGAGCCACUUGUAUGUCCAGAUUUCAUGAUCCAUUUCUAGCCUUUUACAGCCUGUUGUGAAGACAUGCAUUUUAAUGGCUUUAGCCUCAUCGCUAUCUGAACAACAGGGACUUGAUCUGUGUAUUGAGAUGGAAUAAGAGAACAAUGGAAGCUUUUCUUUUAUGCUUCUGGGCAGCCUAAAGGAAGUUUGCAAGAAUGGAGCUCAGCUGUGCUGUGAUAUUUCCACCACCACUCAGUAGGGGGAAAAGAUUAACAGAUUAAAGGCCUUACCCAACAAGACAAGUGCAUGUGUACACAUAUUCAGGUCCCAUAUCUAAGGGUCUACAACAAACUCAGGAUCAUUUGAAGAAGAUUGAUCACCCUCUUCUGCUUCUUUUGAUCUCACCAUCGCAAGUAGUUGAAGAAUCUUAAAAGUGGAAGUGAGAAACUUACCAUGCAUUUUUUUCUGACGGUACUUAUAUUGUGAUGUUUAUUCAUUUGGUGUAUUGUUGUCUUAGGAACAUAUAAUUAGGAUGUCAUAGAGUUUAAUAUUACUUAAACUGAGGCAGCUUCACACACACACAUGGUUAAUUAACAUAUUUUACAAUGACCCCAACUUUACAUAUUGGUAAUGAUGAAAGGUGCCCACUUUUCACUUAACAUUCUUGAAACAGAUGGAUCAUAUUGUCAAUAUAACCAUGCUGUCUUUUAAGAACUGUUAAGUUCUUAAAAUUCUGCUUCCCAAUGUGCCAUUCUCUACUCCAAGUCAUUGGAUUCCCCAUCAUAAUUCAACAAAGCAAUCGCUUUUGGUUCUAACUUUAAGCCUACAAUCUUUUUUAAAGUAAUAGGAAGGUCGGAUUACCAGCAAGUAGUUUCCAGUGGUUUCCUGACAAUUUUUCAGAGAACCCACAAGACUCUAAUUAAAAGCAAAUGCAAUUGGACAGAUAAAAUAUCCUGAGGUUCACCACAACGCUUUGAUGUCUGCCUUCUGAAGAGGGUGUUGAAAUCUCUUGAAUAUGGGAUAUAUACCACAGUUGACUCUUGCAGUUGCCCUUCAUUGGCUUAGGCUAGAAUACUUAGUGCCACUUCCAAGGAUAUGAGAGUCACAAACUGAAUGGCUUGAACCCUGGUUUUCACAUUCCAAGAAGGUGCCUCUGCAAAAUAAACUUUCUUACUCAGCCCUUCCACAGCUGCCCAUGCUUAACAGAUCACAUGAAUUCAACAUGAGUACAUCAAACUGACCUAUAUCGCAACAUGAAGUAUUUAUUUAGUGCUUUGGGAAUGUUCAAGAUGUUUAAUAGAAUCCUAGUCAUGUUCGUCUCUCCCUUCCCUCCUUGAUAACUUGAGCACUCAUCCUGUUCACCCCAUUGUCUCAGCUGCCUCAUGCUUUCCUCUCCCUAGCUUCCUCCUUUGCCCCAUGCUUUUAGGCCGGCUUCCUCACUCACUGCCAUGGCCAUUAUCUCAAUCUUGUGUUCUGCUAGAACAAUCUUUUCUCUAACAUGAUCACAGUCAUAAUGGCAUUUCCUCUGGUAGCUGAGGCCCCGUUCUGAAAAUCAGGUCUAGGGUUAUCUGUGAAAUUUCAAUUAAAUCAGAAGCUCUGAUAGUUUGAUAAGCUGCCUGUCGUUUUGAGUCAAAACAUGAGGUUAUUUGAUCUGCUGUUUGUGUUUCUGGGGGCCAGAGUGCAUCAAAGACCAUCAGUGCAGACAGGCAGAAAGACUGAUGAUGUGGUGGUGACUUUACCAAGCAGUUUUUGACAUUUAUCUCUUGGAUACGAUAUUCUUUAAAGCACCUAAAAGCUACCUACUUAUCUUAAAAGAAAUUAAAACUUUUUUUUUAAAAAAAAGAAAAGAAUGUGGCCUUGUUCAGAUAUUUUCUUUGAAGAAGAAAUAAUUUAGAGAUACUGGGAUGUUUGAGACAUAAUGCCAAACCACAGCUUAGCGCCACAUGAGGGAGACUUGAGCCUCACACAGGGCUCAUCCGCAGUUUUGCUUCACCCAUAUUUUGAUUGUAUUGUGUACCAAUUAAUUCACCCUAGUCUGAGAGCUUUUUGCAUUGUUAUGUGACUGUCCCUUGCAGAAAUACGAUCUUACCCACUGAGUUGGAUCUUUUCAGAUGUGUGGAAAAUCUGAAGAGAGAUUUUGCUUAACCAAACUUCAAUUGAGUGGGUAAGAUCAGAUUUUUCCAAUGCACAGCUAUGGAACAACAAGAAAAGCUCUUGGACCCAGAGGAAUUAAUGCACAAUAUGAUCAAAAUGCAGGCCAAGCCAAGGUGUGGAUGAGACCACAGGCUCCUUCCCCCUUCCCCUUUUCUUUCAUGACAGGAUCCCCUCCUAGCUUCUGGCAUUGUUCGCAAUUUCAUCUGAACCAGCAAACCAUGGUUUGCCUUGUCCUACAAACCAGUAUGGAAACUAGGAUCAAACCAUGGUUUGCAAUCCUAGUUUGUGGCGUUAAGUUUUGCAGAUAGUUUUGCAGGUUUGUACAAAGUGGCAGACAGUGGUUUGCCACAAACAAGGAAGGGAGGGAAGAAAUUUCAGCCUGUACGGCGAAGAGAGAAAGCAUGAGCUCAAGGGUCUUUAAAAGCUUGUAUGCAUUGCACCAAUCAUGGUUUGAUAUUACAUCUGAACCAGGCCACUGAGUGCUUUUCUUACAAACAGCAUGUACAGAAUAUAUGAGGAGUUUAACAGAUAAGCUCAGAUACAAAAUAAGGGCAUCUUUUCUAUUCAAUAAAUGUUAUGAAUUAAUCAUGAAUUGUAUUAAUCAAUUAAAACUGUGUAGCUUUACAUAUGAAUAAUAAAAAAGCUUUUUUGAAGGACAGGGUUAUUUCAAAGUAGGUCACACUUGGAGUAGAUCCAGGGCUUAAAAUCACUCAUAACUAACAAGCGCAUUGAUUUCAGUGGGUUUGCUCUGAGUGUGAGUGAGGUACAGCCCAAUCUUUAUUUCACUGAUGAUUAUGUAUGUUUAUGUAUCAUAGAAGUCACCUUUUCAGAAGUGGCAUCUCUAACUCACGUCAGACAAAAGGGGAAAUGCUUCUCAUAAGAUGACACUAGUCACCUGCAGUUUUAUAAACAAUACAUUGUGUGUGUGUGUGUGUGUGUGUGUGUGUGUGUGUGUUGCCUGGAAAAUCAGUUUUUAUUCAGUCACUCGAAAGGUGUGUGAUCAUGCAUGCACUUGGGGCAGAAAAGGCUCCACUUCCUCCCAUUUUUAAACACAUAAAUAAAUCUUUGCAUGUAAGAGGAAUGCCUGAUAACCUCCUUCUACCUCUAGGUCAGGAUGAGAAUAUCUGGCUGGACUGCCAAUAUAAAUUCAAUUAUAUACCAUGGUAAAACAGUUUAGAUCUCCAAAGAUAUCAAUUACUUUGCUGGAAACCAGAGAGCAGAUCAAUAAGUGCAAAAGCAAUUUUCAGAAACAGGCAUAUUUCUUUUUCUUGAAAGCAGAGUGGAUAGGUGAAUAGAACUACCUUUCUUAUGCAGAACAUUAUGGAAUUAGCGAUGCAGCGUGACAACCAACUGCAGUGAUCUAUUGGCACAAUGGAUUUCAAUUUGUGUAAACAGGGCUCAUUCUUCCUCCCCUACUCCAAGAAUCUGCCCAUGUUGCCCCUAAAAUAUACUCUGAAGGCUUGGAGGACCCCUCUGGAGUAGAUUGUGAGGUACGGCGACUGCAGGGAGAAGGGGAGGGGAGGCAAUUUCAUUUCAUCUGCUGGUGAAAUGUCAGAUUUCAUGCAUAACUGGCUUCCUGUCCAAUCACAAUAUUUUGAAUUAGGUAUCCCUUUAGAUGCAUAACAUUUUGAUUACGUUUGUUUGUUUGUUUGUUUGUUUGUUUGUUUAGCUAGCUAGUUAGCUUGAUAGGUGCUCAACCACUUCCAAGGAUUUAGGGUUCAUCAUUUAAAAUCUGAUCAGAACAGGGCCCACAUACCUGUUCCCAACUGAAAUACUCCCAAAGUUGCAGAAAAUAUAUGAGGAGAAAAAAAUCCUGUAGGGCUAACCACAGCUUUGUGGGUGAAAUUAGGUCAGGAAAACAGCAUGAAGAAAAUAGUUCGAAUUUACUCCAGCACUACUGCUCCAAUCCCUCCACCCCCACUUACUGCUGUUUUAAAAUGAAAAUAUUUGGACAUACAUAAUGUGUAAUUUAGCUUUAUAUCGCCUGGUAGCUUCAUCCCACUAGUAAGCAGCUGCAAUACAGAUGAGGCAGAGGAACAUUCACAACUCCUUCCUAGGUACACUAGAUGCCCUUUUGUGAGGUUGACAGAGUACUAGGAGGCCGGAGAGGAUAGCUCAUUUGGUAGAGCGUGAGACACUUGAUCUGAGAGUUGUGAGUUUGAGCCCUACAUGGGGGGGGGGGGGGGGAGAGAAACCACCCUGCUAAUUAUAGUCUGCUAUAUAACACAAAUAAUAUAGUUAUUGGUAAUUUAGCAGAAUGGCAGGUAUAUUUCUCUUCUGCAUCCAGCAGAAUCUGCUCUCUUGGUGUGAUUGAUUUUGCUUUUGGCUUCCAAAAAAUAGGCUCUCCGGAUAUUGUAUCCGUCACGGAUCAUAAUCAAAGCCUUGCAAAUCAUCUUAUUGCAUGAGUAUAUCUGGUAAGGUAGACGAUGAUUAAAACUUGAUAUUUUAACUGGCAGGAUUUCCUUCAGCUGAUAAAGCCAAUACUUUUAUGACUUUAAUGAUUCCUUGGAAGAACACAAUUAGGCAAACUAACAAAGCGAGAAAAGUUCUGUCCUCUGACCUAUGAUUAAACAGAUGCCAAGUUUGUUUCAAUUUUCCCCUUGCAUAAGCGCGCACACACACACAGACUUACAUGUGCCAAAUUAUAGUCUCAUUUCCCUGGGAAUUAAAAGCUUAAAAUAAAACCAAGUGUUCUUCCAUCCUCUGGAUGCGAUAAAAUGCAAUGACCUUUAGCUUCCUUCCUCGCUAACAAAAUUGGAGAAGUGCAGCAGCAAAAGCAACAAUGGAACUUACUCUUUAGGAGGGUUUAGGUCCUCUGGUCUGGUCUCAAAGAACUGAAAGACUUCAUCACACUGUGAAAUGUGAGGGGGAAGCUUCACCAAUGCCUGUUUUUAAAUAUAUAAGGGAAAGUCAGUUUUUUAAAAUAUGCCAAGUAACAAGAAUUUCUUUUAGAAAAAAGGUUUUGGAUCAUAUCAACCCAGAAAUGUUAGUGAAUAAAAACAGGAUGACAUAAAAACACAAAUUGGACUUACAAACUUGGUCUUCAAGCAGAUUCACAGCUGUCAAUCCUUGUUCAAUAUUCCCCAACCUUGGGCCCCAGAUGUUGUUACACUACAAUCCCCAUCAUCCCCAGGCAGCAUGGCCACAGGUCAGGGGUGAUGGGAGGUGUAGUCCAGCAACACCUUGAGACCAAAAGGUUGAAAAAGCCUGCUUUAGUUGGUCGUCCCUUUCUAGGCACGGGACAAGCAGAAAUGUAGACUAGUCCUUAGUGAUGGAGAAUUUUCAAAGAGAAAGACACCAUCUCUUUCUCUUUGAAAGAGAAUGGUAUCAUUAGCUGGUAUAAAAGGAAGAAACAAUCUUAUGCUCUAUAUUUAAAUAAGCACAAAAGCUAGCUGUUCUGGGUCAAAACAUACCUAUACUAUUCUUGUUUAAUGCUUUGUUAAAAAAACAGAGUCCUUGACAUUAUAAUCUCACUCAUUUCAUAAGUCACUUAAAGAUGCUUUACUACAACUUUGAACAUUUGACCUAUUGUAGUUAUAGAUGGGCAAGGUGCCAUUUAUACUUCCCAAUGCCUCCAACCAAUUAAUUUACUUGAGAUUUAUAUCCUGUUCCAAGAGCACCGUUGUGCAUCAUGGUUUUGAGUCUUGAUGAAAGGUUCAGAUAUCCUUUGAUCAUUAUCCUGUGCAAAAUACUGCCAUGGUGAUCCACUUCUAUUAUUUAUUUAUUUUUCAAAAAAGGUAUUAGGAAUACUUCCUUCCAAUUUCCAAUGGCUGGUGUUUAUGCACAGGAUCAGACACAACAAUUUUGACUUCCCAGAUUGCAAAGAGAUUUAAACAAAUCAGCAAGCAUAAUGGGUAGGAGUUUUUUUUUACUAUUUUUUCUAAGGGCUCGUCCACACUACUGCUUCUCACGUGCCUAUAAAGCACAUGUCUGAGAGGUUUUCUGUUUGACCAAUGCUUUCUAAGUAUGGGUCUGAGAGGUUUUCCCCUUACCCUGCUCCUUUCCCAAGGAAAACCUGCCCUUUAGCUCUAAAUAGAAACAAAUGGAAAUCCAUGGAAAACCCAAUUGCUGUUCGCUCCUAUUGAGAGCUAAAGAGUGGUUUUCCCCGGGGAAAAGUAUGGGUAAGCCCUGAGACAGGUUGUCACCAAAGAGUUCAGUAUAACCAAAUCUUCUCAGACUUGUUAUAAACCCAUUCACCAGAAUGAGGUUGCCUGGCUUAUCUGGAUGUAAAAGCAGAUUUUUUAAAUUGUUUUUUUUCUCUAGAUGGGUCUUGGCAAUUUGAAUGCCCUACCAAUUAGGACUAGCAAACUUAGAUCUACGGUAACUCUUUUACUAUGUGCCCGAUUUAUAGUGCUCUGAUACCUUGUUCUGUGAUGGUGCAUAUUUUUUUAAGCAAUUGCUUUUCAUUGUUUCUUUAUGUUUGUUGAUCUUGUUGGUUGCCUUUCAUGUUUGGAAAAAAAAUCCUUUCCAUUAUUUAAUGCAAUUUGAUAAGGUUUGUUUAUUUACGUUUAUAUACUGUUUAAUCACCCAAGCGUCUAAGUGGUGCAUAUACAUAUUACGGGGGGGAAACCAUGCAGUGGAUAGGAUCAAAUAAAAUUAAUCAUAAAAACAGAAGAUCAGUUUGACUGCAAUUAUAUUGCCAUGAUGUGAUUUGAAAAUGUGGGCUUGACUGUGAUUAUAUCCAUGAUUUAUGAUAUGAUUUUCUUGGAACAGGAGUUAAGAAAGUCCACCCCGACUGUUAG